AUGGAAAGUUUUGAAGUUUGUGUUCCAGUUUUUAGGGGCUGCGCCAAUCCGAUAGUUCCCCGUACAUGGAAGGACAACUCUCACUUCCAUGGCAUUGAUGGCUUUAAGGAUGUGGGUGUCUAUCCGGAUGUGAGUGAGCUGCGGGAUCAACUGCAUAACGCAAUGUACAGGCUGGGUUGCCGGAAUCCUAAACAAGUGGACUUUCUGCUCUGUGGACCCCUUACUAACUUUGCCAACUGCAUUAACCUCUACGGAAAUGAAUUUCUGGAAAAGAUCGGUGGGUGUACAAUGGGAGGCAACAUCAUGAAGUGUGCCGAGCUUAAUUUCAUGAUCGGAUUGAAGGAGCCAGCUCUAACUCUGCCCUGGGAGCCCAGCGUCGAAGAAGAGCCACUCGACUGGAGGAUAAAUGUCUUGGGGUCCGUGGACCAUCCCUUUGUAAAACUGAUGACCAGAGUGGCGCGAUCCAUGAUAGAACCCCGUGGGAUCAAGAAAUGA